UCCCAUCCCAGUGAUUUAAGAAUUCGAACAACCAUCGCUUCUCCUAUCGUCAAACUCUGUUCAAUGCAGAAGACCACUGACCACCAACACAAACUCCGGCACUUCGGUCUGAACCUCGACACUCGCUGUACCGAAUUGAACUAACACGACAGCGCAUGGAGAUUCCCCUCCCGGUGGCUUCGUUGACUGCCGGUCGUGCGACGUCUUCGUCGUUCAGAAGUGGGUUGUGUUGUGAAGUUUGGGUGAGAAAGAAGGGUGGUCAAAGUCAAAGCCAAAGCCAAGUGCGAUGUGUAAAGGCGUCUGCGGAGAGAAGUGGUAGUGGUGACAUAAAGCAGGGAGAUGGUAGGAGUAGUAAUAAUGGUGGUGGCGGUGGUGGUGGUGGUGGGAGAGGAGGGGUCACGGGAAGUGUGAUGGAGGUGACCACAUUUGAUCGAGGCGGGUUUGGUGAAGCUACAGCGUCUGAGUUUGCCGUUUGGGAUAAGAUUGGCGCUGUUGUUAGACUCAGCUAUGGAAUCGGUAUAUACGGGGCAAUGGCGCUAGCUGGAAGGUUCAUAUGCUCAAUCACUGGAAUUGAUAGCAUGGGAGGUUUUCAUCCGUCUUUAGAUGCCAUUCUUGAAGGACUUGGAUAUGCAGCUCCACCAAUAAUGGCUCUUCUAUUUAUACUAGAUGAUGAAGUCGUGAAACUAUCACCUCAUGCUCGUGCCAUUAGAGAUGUGGAGGAUGAGGAGCUUCGGAGCUUCUUUUAUGGAAUGUCACCUUGGCAGUUUAUACUAAUGGUUGCUGCGAGCUCUGUGGGAGAAGAGCUUUUCUACCGGGCUGCUGUUCAGGGAGCAUUGGCUGAUAUAUUCCUAAGAGGCACUGAUUUGGUCGCGGAUGCUAGAGGAAUGGCUUCUCUGACUGGCGUGCUGCCUCCCUUUGUCCCAUUUGCUCAGGCAUUUGCAGCUGUAAUAACAGCUGCUCUGACUGGUUCUCUCUAUUAUGUAGCCACCUCUCCCAAAGAUCCUACAUACAUAGUAGCUCCAGUUUUACGAUCUCACUCUGGUCGUGAAGAUUUGAAAAAGCUGUUUGCAGCCUGGUACGAGAGGAGACAAAUGAAAAAGAUUUACUCACCUCUCUUGGAAGGAUUAUUGGCCCUGUACCUUGGUUUCGAAUGGAUUCAGACAAAUAAUAUUCUUGCUCCGAUUAUUACGCAUGGUAUAUACUCUGCGGUAAUACUAGGACAUGGCCUUUGGAAGAUACAUGAUCACCGGAGAAGACUGCAUCAGAGAAUACAACAGCUUGAAUCAGAAGUAAAAGACUCGAAUAAAUUAUGAAGAAGCUGUUAAAAAAAGGUGCGAGGAAAUCUGUACAUUACUACUAGAGCUGGUCAUUUAUAAUGGCAAAUACAUCAGAUGUAUAAACGAACAGUAUAUAAGCUGAAGAAAGUUUUAGUGUCAACCCAUAAUAAUACUAGUUGUAGAUGAUAAGCUUGUACUUAUACGUUACUGUCUGAGUGCAAUUUUGUUCAUCUUUAAAUUGUUGCCCUAGUUGUGGUCU